AUGGCUUCCCUAAUUACCAAGGUUUUGGUGAAGAAAACAUUCAAAGACACGGCAGAGAGGAACAUCAACUCUCAGAACCCAUAUGAAGAAGAGGUCCCCGUCUAUGGCAGAGACGGACAACCUACGGGGAAGGUCAAGAAGAGGAAGCGAGCCAUCCCAACCGGCUUCUCGGCCCAUGACACCACCAUUCUGAAGAAGGUUCGCAGACGAGCAUAUCGGCUUGACAUGUCGCUCUUCAACUGUUGCGGUAUCCGAUUUGGUUGGAGUAGUGUGAUUGCCAUCAUACCUGUCAUCGGCGACUUUAUCGAUGCCUUCUUGGCCUUGAUGCUGGUUAAGACAUGCUCGAAAAUAGACGGCGGCCUACCAGCUACCCUCAAGUUGAGGAUGCACUUCAACAUUGCGCUUGACUUCGCCUUGGGUCUGGUCCCCUUCAUUGGCGACAUUGCCGACGCCGUUUAUCGAGCCAAUACCCGGAAUGCCUGGCUCCUCGAAGUGUACCUGACGAAGAAGGCGGAGGCGGAGAAGAAGGGACACGUGAGCGAUCCGGAUCUGGGAAUACAAAUGAUGCCCAGGAAACCGCAAGCUGCACCGGAGCAAUCGACCCCAAAAGCGUCCUGA